AUGUCAAACGAUACCUCAACCUCUCCCUUAUCGCUCAUCACUUCGCCCUACUCCGACCGUGCUCUCUCCCAUGUGCCGCCCGAACUUCACGUAGAGACUAGAGAUGCCGAGUUGGACAUCAUUUCCAACGGUCUUUACGGUGCGCGCCGGAUGCGCAACAAGAAGAUCGGGGCUUGUAAGCUGCCGUGCGAAAUUAUCGCAUACAUCUUCGAAUGCCUCCAACCACUCUGGCCUCCACAACGGUUGUACAUUGGGUUACCGGUGCAAUCUCGCCUCAAGUUUGCUGCAGGCUGGAUAUCUGUCAGCCAUGUCUGUAGCAUAUGGCGGGAGGUCGCGCUCGGCUUUCCUUCGUUAUGGACUAAGCCCAGGAUCGACGUCUUCGGUCUCCCUAGCCAGUAUAUUCCCGACAUUCUCUUUCGAUCUCGCUCAGCCCCACUCGAUCUUGCAAUAGAUUGGGAUGGCGACUAUGAAAUGGUCCGGCAAGACCCCAACCUGAAGGCUUGGUUAUCUCCCUCGAUAUUCCGGCGUGCGAAGCGUCUCGAGAUAGUCGCCGAAGAGCUUCCGCUAGUUGAACGCAUAGCAACGCAGCUCUGCCCUACUUCCGAAAUGGCGUACCUAAGAGAGCUGCACAUAACCCUGUCUCAAACCGACAACCCCGUCGUUUUGCCCGCAUCGUUCCGGGACUUCCCAUCUCUAACUCGUCUAACCUUGAACAACUUCGAGGUUCCAUGGGCGUCCCCUCUCCUUUCGUCGCAGUUGGUCGAGUUGCACCUAUCAUGCAAUAGAGUCGGGCCUCGUCCUUCGUACGACGAACUCAGUGUCAUGCUGACGUCUCUGCAAACAAUCAAGGUUCUCGAACUACAGAACAUCAUACCCCUCCUCAGCCCGAUCCGACCCUUCAGAGCUCAUGACGCUCCCAUCACCAUGUCUUCACAUCUCAGGAGCCUGACUACUUGUUGCAUAGAGGACGGGCAGACUGGCAUGGACGGACUGAUGUUCGUGUCAUCGCUUCGCGUCCCUGCCCGGUGCGCCCACAAGCACACCUUCGCCCCACCCCAAGGGGAGGAGUCCGAUAUUUCCGCUAUCAUGGGUCGUCUUCUACCAGAUCUGUCGCUCGCUAGCGGAGGCAAGAUUGAACUACGCCACCUGUACUUGGACUGUGACAAGCUAUACCUUGUCUUGGACAACCAGCGACAGUCCACAUCAUCACCCGAACACCCUUCCCGCCUCAGCGAUGAGGGUGUGACCAACGCGCUCUAUGUGCCCAUGUAUGACGAAGACGAAGAGGUACAAUGCUUUCACCUAGUCGACUAUCUUCAACACAUCACCCUCAAACACCUUGACACUAUCUCUUUCGACAUGACCUCCGUCCGCCUCAUAAGCCAAGGGAACCUCUGGCCACACCUCCUUCGCGCGAACAACGUCCGCCAAGUCGCAUUAUUGGAGAUGUAUGAAGGCGAAUUUAACGUCGAUUUCUCGCAUAUACUACCCGCUCUCAGUUCGCCUCAACCUACCGGUACAGGCGACGAAACCCGCAUGCUAUUCCCUUCCCUGGAAGUCCUAGCACUUCCUAUCUCCUCAAAGAAGUCCACACACCAAGAGUUGGUCAUCGAUUUGAUCGACCUCAUUCACGCUCGACGAGAACAAGAAGUGCCGUUGCACGAAUUGCUCGUGCCGAAGGCGGUCGGGGGUUGGGCCGUGUGGGAUACGCUCCGGACGAUGCUGAAGGUGACGCUGAUUGAUUUCCCCGUGGGAAGAUCUCCGGUGAUGCCAGAAGACAGUCAUGUAUAG